AUGGAGAAGACGACCUUCUCGUCGCUUAUGGGACACAAUGCCAACGCAGCGAUGGAUCGCAAUCCGGAAAAGAGGUCACAACAAACAUGUUAUUAAUCACUGAGCUUCUAUCACAACAUUAUCUCUCGAUUGUCAGUCCGGGAUGUUAACCACUGAUAAGUGUUAAGCGGGGUGGCAGCUACUGAUAAGAAUGAAAGUUUUUGUCAUCUUUAGCCAAUGGUGUAUUACUGUAGAGUUACUAUAAGACGCAUACACACACAUACUCACAUUGUUGCCAAGCAACCUAUUUUAUAGUUUUCUUUCCUAAAUAUGCAAAUUUUUUCAUCAAAACCUGUUAGUAUUGUAACCAGCCUUACGAAGAAAGUCGCGACAGAUGGAACGUGCCAAACAGAAGUCAUCAAGUAUAUUGAAAAUGGUACCGACCCAAUGGUACAGCCUUCCAAACAAACUCAAACUCAGAAGGACGAGGAGAGGAUCGUAUCAGCACGACAGAUACGACUGAGUGAGCAUGUUGUGGAUACUGUAGUCGAACAGUUACAGCAGAUCGGAAAGGAAAAACAGUUGUUUGAAGAACUGGAUGGGUACCACGACGAUAAGAUGGUACACUUGGAGGUGGUUAAGACAUUUAAAGUUGAAAUGGUAAUUUCUCAAUGUUAAUAUAGUUUAGGUAAUGGAUGUUUUACUUUUUAUUAAAAUGUGUUGUUUUAGUUGGAAGACAUACCAUUUCACAGUAUCAAGUGUAGCCACGACAAACGACUAUGUGUACUCUACGGAGAGCGACUUCAUGACAACUGGUGCUUACAUUCUGGCCGAUUACUGCUGUGGGAACCAACUAAAACAACUUGGAUCGCGUUAGACAGUUGUCCUUCUCAAGUUGUCUUUGGUACCCAAAAACAGGUAAUGUCAUCUUAUAACUGAAAGAAAGCCUUAGUUAGCUCAUAAGAGUAAGAUAACAUGACAUUAUUUUAGGUAGUUGUAGGAACAGCGACUGGAACGGUGAAUGUUAUAGUCGGCGAUGAAGUUGUCUGGACGUCAGAUCAGAUGCACAUCCAGGCCAUCACAAGUCUCAAGUUCAUAUCGCCCAAACUGAUACUAUCGACCGCGAUGGACGGUCGUUUGGUGGUACUAAAUCUACAAGCAGCUGGACUAGAAGUCAUCAAAAGUGCUCCAGUCAACGUCAGUGACCUUCCCAGAAGCAUGCGACGGUCCAACAGUUCGGCGAUGAAAGUGAGCGCGGUCGAUUCGACUCUCGACCGGUUUCAGUCGUUCGUAGCGAGUAAGGGUUAACUUAUUGAUUCAAUAAUAAGGUUUAUACUGGUUUUCUCUACUUACCAUGUAACACAAGUUGACCAUACCUCUAUUUUCAGCCGAAACUGGUGCCAUUUUACUGGUCGAUCCGGAGAAUCUGACCACAACUCCAGUAGGCUACGAUCCCGAUGGCAUUGACGUGUUUGACUGGGCCAACGAUAAGUUCGUGGUCGUAUCUUCGGCUGAUGGCGGCGUAAAACUACUCGACCGCAACGGGCAGAUAAUCGACCGGUUAGAUUGUAGAGUCGAGGGAAGUCAGUACUGUAGAAAUGGCAACAUCUACGUGUUUCUCGGCAGGGAUUCUGUAGUUGGGUACGACAUAUCGACUAGUCGGAAGCUGUUUGACCAGAAUGCAAACCUAAUUGGCGUUAGUUUUGAUUCAGAAGGACAUUUAGUAGGUAUGAACCAGGAAAAUGUCAUAACUUGGUUCGAACUCGACUACUCCAAUUAG